CAUCGUCCUCUCCAGCGCACGGCGCAGAUUUCGCUGUCGUGAGUUCGAACUAAUUUUCUUAUAAUUCGACCAAAAAUUCAGUGUUUCUCGUUGAUAAAUCUUUGCAAUAAUGAGCGACGACUAUUUGAGUAAACCUCUAUCGUUUGGAGCACCUUCUCCUGCACGACCAUCCCAGCAGGUUCAGUCAUUGUCUCCGUAUUUGAAUUAUGAUACCCGCUAUAUGCAGUCCCAGCCGGAAUUCAUCUUUCCAGAGGGAGCUUCCAAGCAGCGGGGAAGGUUCGAAUUAGCGUUCUCUCAGAUCGGUUCGUCGGCAAUGAUCGGAGCCGGAAUUGGGGGUGCAGCUGGCUUCUACAAUGGAGUACGUGCUACUGCAUUGGCCAACCAUACAGGAAAGCUACGACGAACACAGCUUUUGAAUCACGUCAUGAAACAAGGAGCGGCCACAGCGAAUACACUUGGCACGUUAGCAGUGAUGUAUUCCGUGUUUGGCGUAGUGCUCCAGUGGGCGCGUGGUGAGGAUGAUGAAAUCAACACGAUAGCGGCCGGCGGUGCCACCGGACUGCUAUACAAAUCCACAGCAGGCUUGAGAAAGUGUGCCAUCGGAGGAGGAGUUGGUCUAGCUUUGAGUUCACUAUAUGUGCUAUGGAAUGUCACAGGCGGAAGCUCAAAGAAGUUGAAGGAACUGCGAUCGCAAUACAUGUAAUUUGAUCGAUUUUUCCUAAUUAGGAUUAUGACAAGAAGCUACGGCGGAAAAUCGCUAGGUUCAGUAAGUAAAUCCAAAGUGUAUGUAGUGCUGAUGGUAGGCAAAGCUUUCAGUUGUAAAUCAUUGUGGAAUGUUCUGUCGAACGUCGGUAGACCAAUGACUUAUCGGGAUCAAGUGUUUCCUUAAGAUGGGUUUGAUUAUGUAUGUUAAGGUACGCUUGUUAGCUGUGAUCUUGAUUUUUUUUACAUAUUUUCGUUGUACGAAAAUGGCACUCUAAUCUAAGUACUGCUUGUGAGCAAAUUAAUAAAUUAUAAUUACAAUAA